CUCUCUCUCUUUCUCCAUCCCUCCCUCCUUCCCUCACUCCCCUGACUCUCCUCAUGCCUCCUUCUCUGCCUGAGGGUUGGUAGAAUGUUUGCAAAAAUGUCAAGUAUACUAUUAUGCUAUGACUUAUGAAAUAUAUUCUGGAGUGAAUACUGAUUAGCUAGCAACAGGCAUCUGAGGGAUCAGUGUCAAAACCUCCUCCAAGCCUCCUAGCAAUACUCUCCUGGUUUGAUUUGGUGUAGCAGAUGUUUUCCUCCAGACCCAAAGGACAGCUCUUUCAUGCACUCACUCUUUCACUCGGAGAUCAUGACUUUGCAUGCCUGCCAGGCACCAAAUGCUGAAGGAAACUCACAGAUGAAGGCAUGCCUCAGGGGAACUGGCACUGCAAAUGGUCACUCACUUUCUCCUCUUUUCACAGCUCUCUGAAGCAGCCAUGGCAGCAGUUCCUGAACUCACCAGUGAAAUAAUGGCUUUCCACAGUGAUGAUAAUGACCUGUUCUUUGAGGUUGAUGGUCCCAAACAGAUGAAGUGCUGCUUCCAAGACCUGGACCUCUGCUGUCCUGAUGAAGGCAUCCAGCUGCAGUUCUCCCACCAGCACCUCAACAAGAGCUUGAAGCAUGUGGUUUCUCUCAUCGUGGCUGUGGAGAAGCUGAGGAAGAAACCUAUUGCUUGCUCACAGGCCUUCCAGAAUGAUGACCUGAAGAACUUCUUUUCCUUCAUCUUUGAAGAAGAACCCAUCUUCUAUGAAACAUGGGAUGAUGACGAUUAUGUGUGUGAUGCAUCAGUACGAUCACUGAACUGCAGGCUCCGGGAUGGACAGCAAAAAUGUCUUGUGUUGUCUGAUCCCUAUGAGCUGAAAGCUCUCCACCUCAAUGGGCAGAAUCUGAGCCAACAAGUGGUGUUCUCCAUGAGCUUUGUACAAGGAGAAGAAAGUAGCGGCAAAAUACCUGUAGCCUUGGGCAUCAAGGGGAAGAAUCUGUACCUGUCCUGUGUGAUGAAAGAUGAGAAGCCCACCCUGCUGCUGGAGAGUGUCGACCCCAAACAAUACCCAAAGAGGAAGAUGGAAAAGCGAUUUGUCUUCAACAAGAUAGAAAUCAAAAACAGGGUAGAAUUUGAGUCUGCUCAGUUCCCAAAUUGGUACAUCAGUACCUCUCAAGCAAACCAACUGCCUGUCUUCUUGGGAAACAGCGGUGGCCAAGAUAUAACUGACUUCACCAUGGAAUUUGUGUCUUCCUAAACAGAAUCAUCCCAGCGGGUCCAAAUGUGCUGAAUGUAGCCUCUGCUCUAGGGCAGGCCAAAGGGGAAUAGGAGGGUUCUGAGUGACUGCAGGAUGAACUUGACUGUUGUCUCUGCUGAACCCAACUCCUUCCUUAUAGGAUGCUAAGGAGCUCAGUUGCCACCAGCCAGUGGACAACUCUCUCCACUCAGGGGAAUCCUCAAACCCUCCUCCAAGCCAGGUUUCUCUCACUUGUCCUGCUUCCUCAAAGUCCUGAUGGAACCCAUGUCUUGUUCUGUUCAAGGAAACCCUCUGUCUUUUGUACCCAGUUUCUGAUGAGCAACCACUUACCUAUUUAUUUAUGUAUUUAUUGAUUAGUGAAUCUAUUUAAUUCAAGGGGACAGGAGGCAGCGAUGCCUUCAAAAGACCUUUGCCAUCAAUAUUUAUGGAAUCAAUUUAAUUUGGACUGCUUUUCUUCAGCCCUUUCAUUAAGGCUGAAAAUAGAUAAGCUCACAUUUUGUAGGUGGAAAUAACCAUAAAUUAAAAAUCUAUGAUCAUAUUGUUUCAAUGAACCUGAAAUAAAUUUCACUGAAAAAAAUUUUUGUUCU